AAGUGUUCAGAAGUGAUGUUUGGCCGUUCGAGAAGCUGGGUUGGCGGGAGCUCCGGGAAGUCCCCUCGAAACAUUCAUUCGUUGGAGCAUUUGAAGUACAUGUACCAUGUCUUAACAAAGAACACAACUGUGACAGAUAGUAAUCGUAACCUGCUGGUGGAGACCAUUCGUUCUAUUACAGAAAUCCUCAUUUGGGGAGAUCAAAAUGACAGCUCUGUUUUUGACUUUUUCUUGGAGAAAAACAUGUUUGUUUUCUUCUUAAAUAUCUUGCGCCAGAGAUCCGGACGCUAUGUUUGUGUACAGCUGCUUCAGACCAUCAAUAUCCUAUUUGAAAAUAUUAGCCAUGAGACCUCUUUGUAUUAUCUGUUAUCUAAUAACCAUGUCAACUCUAUCAUCGUGCACAAGUUUGACUUCUCUGAUGAAGAAAUUAUGGCAUAUUACAUAUCCUUCCUGAAGACACUUUCCCUUAAACUUAACAAUCACACGGUGCAUUUUUUCUACAAUGAGCAUACUAAUGAUUUUGCCCUGUAUACGGAGGCCAUUAAAUUUUUCAACCAUCCAGAGAGCAUGGUCAGAAUUGCUGUCAGGACAAUCACCCUUAAUGUGUAUAAAGUGUCACUGGAUAACCAGCUUAUGUUGCACUACAUCAGAGACAAAACAGCAGUUCCCUACUUCUCCAAUUUAGUUUGGUUCAUUGGAAGCCACGUGAUUGAGUUGGACAACUGUUUGCAAACCGAUGAAGAGCAUAGAAAUAGAGCCAGAUUGAGUGACCUGGUGGCUGAACAUUUGGAUCACCUGCAUUAUCUGAAUGAUAUCCUGACCAUUAACUGUGAAUUCCUGAAUGAUGUAUUAACAGACCAUCUAUUAAACAGACUUUUUCUGCCAUUGUAUGUGUAUUCAUUGGUGUCGCAAGAACAGCGUGACGAUCAUCCAAAAAUCAGUCGUCAGGCAUCAUUAUAUCUUCUUUCACAGGUGUUUUUAAUUAUACACUACAGGCCAUUGGUAAAUGCUUUAGCUGAUGUGAUCUUGAAUGGGGACCUUUCAGUGCUCAGUAUUAAUUCGGAGCAAGAUUCUUUGAAGCAUUCAAUGUCUUCAAGCGUUCGAUGUUUCACAAAGCCAGUAGAAACAUUAGAGAGAUCACUUGAGAUCAGUCGACACAGGGGCAAAAAGAAACUGCAGAAAAGACCAAACUAUAAGAAUGUGGGUGAAGAGGAUGAAGAGGAGAAGGGAAUGGAAGAAAAGGAAGAUGAUGCUGAUAAGCUGAAAGGUACUGAGUCUAGUACAAAGGGCAUCAAGACAAGUGGGGAGACUGAAGAAAUUGAGAUGGUUAUAAUGGAACGAUGCAAGGUUUCAGGCCCCCAGCAAGUAGGCUUGACUGAACAAAAUACGACCGAUGAGGAGAAAACAGCAGCUGCCUCAAGGGUCGAUAAUCCGAAAAAAAGACCAUUCCUUGAUAUGGUGUACAAUGCACUGGAGUGCUCGGAGGAUGAUUAUUAUGCACUUUUUGUGUUAUGCCUUCUUUUUGCAAUGUCUCACAACAAAGGAAUAGACCCAGCUUUGUUGGAAAAAAUCCAAGUUCCACCAGAACAAGCCGAGGAGAAGAGUUCCUACAGUCACGUACUGGCAGAGAGAUUAAUUAAGAUAAUGAACCAAGCAACUCAUGCUGAUGGGAAAAUACGUUUGGCUACGUUGGAGCUGGCCUGCCUCUUACUUAAACAGCUUGUGCUAUCAGGUGGCAACUGUAUUAUUAAAGAUGUGCAUCUCGCUUGUCACGAGGGGGCAAGGGAAGAAAGUGUCCACUUAUUACGGCGUUUCUAUAAGGGGGAAGAAAUUUUCCUUGAUAUGUUUGAAGAUGAAUAUCGAGCCAUGAUGAGCAAACCUCUAAAUGUAGAGUACCUGAUGAUGGAUGCAUCUAUUCUGCUACCUCCUACUGGCACCCCACUAACUGGUAUAGAUUUUGUGAAAAGGCUACCUUGUGGCGAUGUGGAGAGAACAAGGCGGGCUAUCAGGGUUUUCUUUAUGCUCCGUUCUUUGUCGCUGCAACUACAAGGUGAGCCAGAAACACAGCUACCACUGACGAGGGACGAGGAUCUUAUUAAAACAGAUGAUGUGUUAGAUCUGAACAACAGCGACUUAAUUGCUUGCACUGUAGUAACUAAAGAUGGCAAUCAGAUGCAUCGAUUCCUGGCUGUAGACGUUUAUCAGAUGAGUUUGGUUGAACCAGAGAGCAAACGACUUGGCUGGGGAGUGGUGAAAUUUGCAGGCUUGCUUCAGGACAUGCAGGUGAUGGGGGUGGAAGAUGACAGUAGAGCUUUAAACAUCAUCAUUCAUAAGCCUGCAUCUAACCCUCAUGCCAGGCCCUUCCCUAUCCUCCAGGCUACAUUCAUCUUUGCUGAUCACAUCCGCUGCAUCAUUGCAAAACAGCGAUUAGCAAAGGGCCGUAUUCAAGCACGACGUAUGAAGAUGCAAAGAAUAGCAGUACUAUUGGAUCUCCCAGUGGAAGCCACUUCUGAAGUCAUGGGCUUUGGACAUGGGUCACCAUCUGCCCAUCAUCUCCCUUUUAGAUUCUAUGACCAGUCUCGCCGUGGUAUCAGUGAUCCUACAGUCCAACGUUCAGUUUUUGCUUCUGUUGAUAAAGUUCCAGGGUUUGCAGUGGCACAGCACAUAAACCAGCAGAGUCCCUCUCCAGCAUCGUCCCCUUCCCCACCCUCUAGUGGCACCAUCACAACAAGCACAAGCUGCAACGAUACCAUCAUUACCAGCACAACUUCCACUCCCUCAGCAACUCAGAGCCCCACAGACGGACCUGACAUCCAAGAACAGCCCCAUUUGACUUCUGAUGAAGUGGAGUUUGUCAAUGAAGUGCAUUCUUUAUCACUUACAGCUGAGAGCAGCUCAAGCAGAGAGCGUCUUUCCAGCAGUUCUGAACCUGGAGCAACUAACCUGGCACCAAGCUUGACUCCAGCCCACCAACCAACCAUAUCCCUCAUUUCCGAUGACAACACAGAUGCUUUGAGCACAGAGUCAUUGACACUUCUGCCACCUGCUGAUGCACAGCAAAUCCGGAGUGUGAGCACUUUAACCCAUCCAUCCACUAUAUCCAAUGGGAUAAAAGAAAAUAACACUGAAGAAAAUAAGGAAUCUGCACCAACAGCAAGCCCUUCGCAAUGAAUGCAACGUAACUUUCAAACCAUCUGGGUUUGUACUGAGUGAAGCAGACUUGUGAAGCUAGGAGAUUAAACUUGUAGUCUUAGCUGCACAGAGAAGCUAAGAGAUUUGUGGGACCCCAGCAGAGUAGAAUAAUUGCUUGUAAGUUUCUGUAGGUUCUGAAAUGGCGAAGCCUUGCUCCUUCAGUUGUUAUGGAGUUACAGCUAACACUGAGAUAUCCACGUUUUGUACACUUGUCUUUUACUACUGAAGCCUAGUAAAGCACUGUCACUGAAUCAGACUCAGUAGAUAAGACAAUGGUUCUGUCUGCUUUGUUCAAUUAGGUGCAGCCCCGGUCUGUGUUUUUCCACUCUACAAUAUAUUAUUGUGUUCACAUAUUUGAAUUUGUAUCUGGCUAGAUGAAGUAUUUUACGAAACUGCAAGUUGGAAAUUUAGCUUCAUUUUACUACUUUAUCCCAGCUGAACAAUUGUAUUCAUUUAAUUUAAUUAAUUUAGUAGAUUUGAAAAUGAACUAAAAACGCACUGACACCCAUUGCAUCUUGGCACAAAAUAGAUUGACUCUCAAAUUAUAAUUAAUUUCAAAUAGAGUUCAAAUGUUUCACUAAUUGCACUUGAGUGAUUAUCUGCAACACAUUUGUUUUUUUAUUGCAAUAUUUAACGAUUUAUACAAGUAACAAGUCCAGAGAAUAACAUGUUUCGUGAAGUUUAAAAACUAAAAUACUUGUCACUGCCACCAGCUGGUACAACAGUAGUGUUAAUUGUAGAAUAUGUCCAUUAUAGACAUGCUAUAUAUGUAUGCAGGUUGCCUCUGGAGGCCUUAUAAUGUCAGCAUUUUCCAGAGACUUAACUCAUGGGCAUGCCUAGAAUGCUGGAUACAUUAAUAUUUUUGGACUUCUGAGAGACAGCCAGUUGUGGGUAUAAGUUCACAAACCAUUGUUUCAGACGACCAGACAUCACUGAUGUAUUUUCUACUAAUGGAGCAGUAAGUGUUUCAAAAUACGUUAGGUAAUGAAAGUUGUGGGAAGAGGAGGACAACACCAAGUAAAAAACCUGUUAUCUUCCUGCAGGGAAUGAAGUUAAGGAAGUAUUCCUUGUGUGUUGCAUACCUGCACCUAUCCGAUCAUUGCAGUAGGCAGAUGUAUUGCAUUUUUGGGUUGUCUGUGGCCUCUAAGCUAGAAAAUAAGACGGUGAGAGAGGGGACAAACUAAGAAACAUUUGUUGCUUUGACUGAAGCCAUGUACUCCAUUAUCGUAAAAGCAUGUGGAAAAUGGUGCUUUACCAUCACACAGGAAUAUUUUGGACUUCUCCAGAAACACAAGUGCAUUUAUGGGUUAAUUUAAAAAAAACCAAGUUUGAGAUUUGGAUCGGUUUAUUGUUCCCUGCAGUGACAUAAGUACUUUGUUUGGCCUCAUAACCCCAACUGAUUGACUGACUUUUGCAAAAUUUUCUCCUGGGAAGACUACUGUAUUUAUGUUUUAGCAUUAUUCCAUCCGAGGAAAGCCAAUAUCUCCAACCGAUUAAAUGUACAAGGUAAAUAUUUCUCAAUUAUCAUAGAUGGACAAUAUUGAAUGAAGUAGCCAAAAUGCAAUUACAGUGAGAUAAAUAAUAAAAAUACCUAAAAUUA